UCCAUUUCAUUGGUUUUUCCAGAGACCACCAUGUAUACUCAUCAGGAUACCCUACUAUUGCAAAUUCCUUUUCCAUCUUCUCACAAACUAACAGGGCAUGAUUGCUCUGAAAAUCUUGUAGAAUGGACCAUCUACAUGCACCAAACGACCAAGGGAGAGAAGAAAUUUGUUCUGGAAAAUGUUUUCAGCAGCAAUGCCUGAAAGCACAAUGAUGUCUUGAGGGGAAAAAAGAUGCCUAAUGAGUAACUGCAAGGAAAAGGGAAAAGGGAAAAAGGUAAGAAGCAAAGAAAGGAAAGAAACAAGUUUUCCCAACUCACCUUUUGAAAAGAAAUAGGGAAAUUAAAAUUGAUAUUUCUUUUAUUGUUUCCCUGUUUAUAAUUGUCUGUGAGACUCAAAUGAAAACAAUACUUAAUGCAGCUAAAGUUGUGCCCUGCAGUGUAGAGUUAGACAUGUAACCAAAGCAAACUAGCUGGUUCUACAAUUUGGAAUACAGAGAUUCUUUGCCUUCCACUAGGCAAACCCAACAAAAAGGGCAAGGAAUUUAGACCAUUUCUUUGAAUUUAAGACACUCCAUUAAUAUAAGGAAAGGUAGAGAACAUUCAGAAAACAGUAGGAUGCAACCCUUCUGUCUGGCAAGGGAAGGAACUACUCUUGUGUAUAUAUAUUCCCUCCUUGAGAGUCCAAGAAGGGUAUAACCCAAGCAAGGCCUCUCUCUUCCAGUUUCUGAGCUCCUAGGGCCAUGGCUACUGGGGGUUCCAAAUCAGCAGCAAUCGGCUUCUUAAUCCUCAAUUUUCUGCUGUAUGGGAUCAUAACGAUUAUUGCUUCAUGGGCUGUAAAUCAUGGGAUUGAAAGAUCUCGCGAAGCAGCAUCUGUUUUAUCGAUCCCAGCUCGCAUAUUUCCAAUAUACUUUCCAGUGGGAAACAUGGCAAGUGGUUUCUUCAUCAUCUAUUCCCUCAUUGCUGGAGUCGUGGGCAUGGUGUCCUCAAUCAUAAGCAUCAUCAAUGUCAUUCAAUGGAACCCCUCCAACCUUCAUGCUGCAGCUGCCUCUUCUCUCAUAACUUGGCUGCUCACUCUGCUAGCCAUGGGAUUGGCAUGUAAAGAAAUCAAUAUAGGGUGGGCUGAUUCAACCUUGAGAGCUCUCGAGGCCCUGACAAUUAUUGUGAGCGCAACACAAUUGCUUUGCAUGGGCAUGAUCCAAGGUGGGGUUGAAAACGUGGAACGGUUGUUGCGUAUCAGAAUGAGGGGAUGAUCAGAGCUUUCAGUCCAUGAAGACUGCUACCAGUUGUCUGGUUCUGUUUCUAGUCUGAGCACUGAAUUGUGUGUGGAGGUAUUUGCCUUUCUUGUGUGAUUUGUAACGGUUGUCUGUAACUAUAUUGUAUUGGACUGAUCUGGGCGGCUAUGGAAAUGAACCAUGGAAUUGUAUCACAUAUUUUCUUAUUUGAUCACGAGAAACAAGUUCAUAUAUUUUUUAA